AUGUGUUGUGGAAAUGGAAAGAUUCAACUUCCUUUGCUUAAGAUGCCACCUAAGGUAUUGCAAGACUUUUUAUUUGGAACUAAAACAGUUGAGUUAAGGACUUUCCAACAAAACAUUAGGAUGUACAACAUGAUGUUUGCGUUUACAUCUCCUGGUGCAAAAAUGGACAACUGUUUUAAUAAUGGUAAUGGUCCUCCUACUUUUCAUAUUCAGGGUCAGUCCUGCAACAAAAUUGGUAGCAUGUUACCAAUGCCGGGUCAAAAUCCAAAAUUUGAGCAACUCUAUAUUUACGAUACAGAGAGUGAAAUUCAAAAUAGAAUUAGUGGAAUAAGAUCAAAAAAUGGGGUUGACGUUGAUAUUGUUUCAAAAUUGUCUCAAAUGUUGUACAAACACAAUGUUCAUGCUCAAUCUUUUCGAAUGGCAAGAGAUGUUUUGGCCCAAAUGAAUGUUUAUGAUUUAAAACUUCGACUUAUUUUGGAUCAGAAAACUGAUGGAAGGAUAUAUAAUCAACCCACUGUAUCGGAGGUUGCUACUUUGAUUGUUAGAAAUGUUGAAACCUAUUUACCGUGA